GAUGUGAAAAGGUUGGGUGUCUCCCUCACUCUCCCCAUCACACGAAGUCCCAGGUAAAUUCGCAUGUCUGUAAAAUUACGUAAAAAGUGUCCUUGUUGACUAAACGCUUCAAUGCAACUCAGGGGCCCCCGUUUUUUGUUUGCUUGUUUGUUUUUGUUUUGUGUUUUUACUACUUCAAGUUGCUUUUGCAUUCAUUUACUUUAGCAAGUGUUUGCCUGUGCCCCACCCACAGUGCCUGUGGAGAUCUCAGAGAGCAGCUGACAGGAGUCAGUUCCAGGGAUCGAACUUGGCAGCCAGGGCCUUCAUCAGCCGAGCCAUCUUGCCAGCCCCUGCGUCUCCUAUUCGAAAGUCAAGCUUGAUCUCCCUCACUCCAACUGCCACCCGCCAUCCAUCCACCAGAUGGAAUGUGUAACGGAUUCCCCAACAGUCAGCGUGGAGACUGAGUCAGCGGUGGACACCCGCACGCCUCUUCCUGACUUCUCAUAAGAGGCGGAGGGAGGCUCACGGGGCCGACAAUUGCGGCUCAUGCUUGUAGAUGCUGUUCUCGGUGCCCGAAGAUUCGGAAGAACCCUGUCAGAAGUGAACAGACUCUUCUACAUGAGGACACUGAUGAUCCGCUUGCUCGGAGGCCUCAUGUCAUUCACGCCCAUGCCGCCGCCGCCGCCGCCGCCUCCGCCGCCCGUCCGGACCCCGGGGGGCCCGGCCGCGCGCCAGCUCUCCCGGAGGCCCUGCGCGCCGCCCGUGCCCUCGCUGCCUGUCGCCGCCGGCGAGAAGAAGAAGAGGCCGCCCGAGAUGCUGCUCUCCAGCUCCUGGCCCUCCGCCACCCUGAAGAGGCCGCCGGGUCGCCGCGGCCCCGGCCUGGGUCCCGGCACACCGCAGCCGCCGACCUCCGCACGCGCUCCGCUCCAGCCCUCUCAAAGCCGUGCGGGAACCUCAACCACGUGCUCCGCGCCGCGGCGGGUCGCUUGCAGCCACAGCCCAGCGGGAGCCACCUCCUCGGGGACUUCUGCUGGGGCGGGGGCCGGGCCAGACGACGCCACGCGCUUCUCCUUGAGCCUUACGCCUGAAGCCAUCCUGGUCAUCCAGAGGCGCCACCUGGAGAAGCAGUUGCUGGCGCGGCCCCGCAGACCCUUCCCCACGCCCCCGGCCGAUCCCCGGCGCCCACUGGUCUCCUGUCCCCGAACCAGGACCUCGACCGUGCGGAGGGGCGGUCCCACCGACGCGCCUCUAGCUGUGGCUGUCAGCAGCCGCUCUCCCAGUGCCUCGCUGAUGCCGCCGGGAGGUCUGCAGGCCACUCUGCCCAGCUUGCGCCCCUCCAGCCUGCGCCCGGUGCUCAAGGUGUCGCUGCUCAAUGAGAAGCACAAAUAUGACGAUGAGGAGUACGAGGAGGAAGCGGAGGUGGUGGACGAGGGCCUGGUGCGCAAGUGCACGGAGUGGCUGCGUGGGGUGGAGUCGGCAGCCGCUGCGAGGGGACGCACGGGGCAUCUGGACACACUGCCUCACCUGAGCACACUGUGAGCUAGGUGGGCCUGGUGUGACCCCACCUGGCUCGAAGCCCAUCCCCCACACCCCCGCCUCCCGUGCUCCUUGCCCACCUGGGCUCUUGUGAACCAGGUAGGCCAGCAAGGGACAGGACCGCAGCCUGGAACUUUCUUCAGGUGCGCUUGGUCACGGGUAACCCACAGCCUCCUCUAGUGCCCACCGCCCACCUGUGUACCUUGCACCGCGAGGCCGAUGUAGGACACAGCAGUCUUGCCUGACUCCAAUGACUGUUCUCUGCUCUUCCUGCUCCCCCCACGCCCAGGGGAGGAAGGACCUGUGAAAAUGCCUUCUAACUCCCUCCCUAAGGAGUCUCGGUCCCAGUGGCCCUCUGCCCCGGGGUGAUAUCCCACAUCCUGGGGGACUCUGCAAGCCUGUGACCACCGAAGGCCUAGAGCUGGGGACAUGGUGCUACAUUUGUGAUUUGUUUCCUUCCAAACCAGAAAGAUGCUGGGUGCUGGGAAGCCUAGGAGCUCGAGUUAACUUGUAACGUGGCAGCCCCGUGAGUGAGCUUCAGGGGAACGGAGCUCUUGCUGCCAAAGGAUGAUCCUGGUGGACUUGUGCUAUACCUACCUUCUGGGUCCUCAGCCACCCCACAACCCUGCGCAUACACGCACGCAUACGCGCGCGCGUGCACACACACACACACACACACAAACACUCCCCAGCCAGUGCGCAGGCACGUCCAUGCCCAUAGCUACACACGCGCUGCCCCUCCAGCAGUCAUGUGGACGCGCAUACCUGCGCAACCACCCACACGUGCCCACGAUGUCACACACAUCGCCACUCUCGCAUAUAUGUGCCAUUCAUGCAAUACACCAGUCUCACUGUGGGCACAGCCACACACACGUGUUCCUGGGAGCACGGAACUGUCUUCAAGAGCCGCACCAAGAAGGGAGCAGGGGUUGGCAGCUGUUGACAUUUGCUAAGAAUGCAGCCUUUACCUGGGGGCACAGCGGCAUCUCCCGCACUGGUUAAGGAAGGAGUAUGGCAAGGGGGCGGGGCACAUGUGAAAACCAGGCAGGGCACGUCUGCCCGCUGCAGCGGUUAGUUUGAGGGGGAAGCAGGAAGUAGCUGUGGGUAAGAGCAGGUGUCUUCCGUCGCUGUGAAGAUCAGCGGCACAGAGGCUCUGUAAGCUGUAAAUAGUGACUUCUUAAAUGUGAUUUAUUAUUGGAGUGAAGGGUAGCGCUCCUGGCAGCCAUGCCCUUCCCACUAACUCGAGGAUGAUUCUUUUGUAUUUCUUCCGUGCCUGAGUGGAUUCAACCCCAAGGAUGAGAAGGAAGCAUCUGUUCUAAUCAGAUAAGGUGGGCUAUAGAAGAGUAAUGCAGUACCUCAGCUGUUUUGGCUUUUCUUAUCUUAUGCAAGUCAAUAACUGGUUUAAUGUUUAUCUUGUUAGACUUUAAUGCGUCAAUUCCUACUGUAUUUUAAAUCGAAGCCUUACAUUUUUAAGAACCAACUACUUAUUUUCCUUUGUCAAACACGAAGCCUUAGUUCAGAGGGAGCUAUACCAGCCAGCCACCAGAUGAGUUUUUUUUUUUAAAGCCACUAAUUGAUUCCUCUUUCCUGAUCCUAGUUUGAAAGCUUAGAAGCAGGUCUUCAUUGAUCCCUUUAAAUGGUUGAUGCCAAAGGGGCAAAGUCAGUGCAGCUGGUGAAGGUAGAUGGGAGGUUUUUCUCCCUGGCACCAGCAGAGAGGCUGUUUCUCUAGGCCGGCGGGGUGGGGAGCCUCUGCGCCCAAGCCUGUCAUAGCACGGCUUCAUCUCAUCUGCACCCAGUGCAAAUACCAAGUCUUUUUUUAUUAUUAUUAUUUUAUUAUAUACACAGUGUUCUGUCUGCUUGUGUGCCUGAAGGUCAGAAGAGGGCGCAGAUCUCAUUACAGAUGGUUGUGAGCCACCAUGUGGUUGCUGGGAAUUGAACUCAGGACCUCUGGAAGAGCAGUCAGUGUUCUUAACCUCUGAGCCAUCUCUCCAGCCCCCAUACCAAGUCUUAAGAUGCUCAGCUCCCUGCCCCCAGCGGCUGUGACGGCACCAGGAAGAGUUCCCAGUGCCCCCUAAAGGGGUGGCCUCUAGGGAGGUCUUCCUCACUCUCGCUUGUCCUCUGGGUCUCCGUUCCACUCUGCCCCUCCCUGUCCCUGUCAGCUUUGAUUUUCAUUCCUCGCUGUCUCCUCCAGGCUGCCCUCUCCCGCUUCCCGUUCUAACUGGCCUCGGUCCAGGGCUAAGCACAUUCUCCCCAGUUGGUUAUUCACAUGGGGCCUGUGCGCCUGGCCCUCCACUUUAGAGACUGGGGGCACGUUUAUGUCGGAUGGCCGGCCGAUGAUUCUCAGAAUCUGUGCUUGUGAGGUCUCUCUGUCAUUGCUGACAUUCUGGGGACAUUUCUAUCACUGUGCUACAAUUUCUUAAUGUUUAAAUAAACAAUGGGAUUGGA